GCCGAGGUAUCCAUGUCUUGAGGCUUUUGCCCCUCCUCAUACCAGGAGGGGAGUGCAAUGGCGUGGUGCGGUGGUUGGUAUGGCAGUUGGCAUUCCUAUGCCCGAUGUCUUUCCGCUUCUUGUUGCCAGAACAUGUGCAGCUGAUGUUGCUGUUGCUGCAACACUUGCUGCUGUUGACAGCAUAGCUGUUGUUGCCAUUGCAGCUGCAGGUGCUGGAGGAUCUGCUGUUGCUGUAUCAGUCUCUCCUGGUACUGCUGGUGUUGGUAUUGCGCCAUCUGUUCCACUAGGAGGCGCUGCAGUUGUUCCUCGCACACUCUUUGUUGCCAGAGACGUUGUUCCUGCUGCUGAGCGAUCUGCUCUUGCGUCUGCUGUAACAGAUGAAUGCAGACUUGGUGGUGAACCAGCAGGUCUUGUUGUUGGAUGUGCUGCAUUUGUAUUUGUUGCAGGGCCUGUGUCUCGUGUUCCUGUUGGCACUGCAUCUGCUGGUGCAGCUGACCAAGGGAUUGGUGUUGUUGAUGCUGCAGCUGGUCAUGAAGCUGAUAUUGUUGAGGCAGUUGAUGUUGGCCGAGCGGAUAGUGUUGUUGCGGUCCGUCCAUGUGCAGGGGAAUCACCUCAGUUGGCAGAGGUUGACCACCCUGUUGCUGUCCUUGCUCUUGUUCGUCAGGGCACAAGGCACAGUGGCUUUCACCUUUUCCCUUCUGGUCAUGAUCCAUAGAACAGUGGCGGUGGCUUCUGUUUUCUGCCUCCGGUGGUCGGGGUGCAUCCGUCC